AUGCCAAUAUCCUUCCCCGGCGGUAGGAUUUCACAGCAGCAACAGCAGCAGCAAGCUGACACUCUCUCACAAGAAUCAUGGGUCGAGGUCGCAUCCCAGCCGUCUUCCUCCUCCCUCUCCUCCAUCGGUGACGAGAUCGUUACGACCGGUCUACGAGUCGGCGCCCAGUCGCACCCACCCCGAAGAAGACGUUUGCAACACCAUUACUAUCAGUCGAUGCAACAACAUGUUGUAAGCCACGCUGCUGCGCAGGCAGGCACGAGCAGUCAGGAUGAGUACGACGAGACAGAGAGCGAGGAGGAUCGCUUGAUGACUUCGUCCAACGAGAACAUGGGCGCUCGGCCGGGGAAUGGGAGUGUUGCUCUGCAACGGUCACAAACUGCGAUCGGCCCCAGCGCCGACUUGUCCGACUCGGAGGAGGAGGACGACAACGGUACUGCGCUGGGCAGGCCUUCACCCUCACAAGGCUUCCGCCCUCAGCCCAACGCCUUUACGCACCCGCCUGCUCACCUGAGCCACCGUAGCUACUCCACAAGCUCAGCAAUACCGCCCCAUCACCCCGCUGCCAGAGCGCAGUCGUAUUCCCACAGGUCACACAAUCGUGUCCGCUCAGGCUUUAUGUCGCCGGCCUACCAGGCAGACAACGACGCCGCCCUGCGUGCCUCCCUCACCACCCUGCUCUCCUGCGCCGCGGCAGCCAAGAGCCUGCCCGGAAGGCGAAACGUGGCCGCCGAGCCAUCGUCGGGGGAGCCGGUCAUGGGCGCGGGCGUCGGGCCGAGCAGCCAGCCGAUGGAACUGAGGCUGGUACCGGAGUCUGAGCUGGGGCCUGGAGGCUCGCCGGUGCACGUGUCUGCUGCGCCGAAAUCGUCGCCGCGGAUGCGCCAUCCCACAACACGUACGACGUCCAACUCUAGCGUGCAGAGCGCUCCCGCGUCCGUCUCGUCCAAGGAGGAGAAGGGCAAGAGAGCCGCCUCCCAGCCGAAAUCCCAGCGCGCGGCCAAGAAGAAGAAGGUGUCUGCGGCGGGCGUGGACGACAGCACUGUGACGUGGAUCAGCCCUGCCACUCUGACCUGGGUGCUGGGUACCGGGGUUGUACUCCUGGUUUCUGUUGUGGGAUUUGGUGCGGGUUUCGUCGUUGGGCGCGAGGUCGGCCGACAGGACGUCCUCAACACGAUGAGCGGUGGAGGUGCCCCGAUGAGCCCGGGUGCGAACACGACGUCAUGUGGUGGUGAAGUGAUCCGGAGUACCGGCAGCGGAACGCUUAGGAGGUGGCGCUGGGGGUCCGGGAUGGGGAGGCUCGUGAGUGCCUAG